AUGUGUCACGCUAUAGUAUGGUACCACGCCGUAUGCCAACACAAAGAUGAAUCUCAAACCUUCACAAUCCCCUGCUACUACGCCACAGCAACAGGAUAUAAUUGUCUACCGCAUUAUCAGCUGGUCUUUGAACUACCCCUUUCAGGCGAAUGUUGCACUUGCAAAGGCGAACGGAGGUGGCAGCAGCGGAUACAACGAAAACAUGCAGAUAACCUGCCCGUAGUUGCAGACGUGGAUGACAUUGGAGAGUUUGAUGUUGAUGAAAUUAUAAAGACUGACAUUGAAAGAGGUUUGGUGCCGAGCAGUCAAUUGGCAAAUGAUGGGUAUAUGCAUCUGUGGAUUGGGGGUACUGAUUCACUUGCUACAGGGUCUCAGGUGGAUCAUUCUGAUUUGGAUGGUGGGCUAGGGGGUAGUUGGUAUGACUCCGAUGGUGAUGAUGUUGACGAUGAAGACGAAGUUGAUCUAGAAGAACUCAAAGAUCUUCUAUUUUCGUCACCUUGUUCAGAGAUGGAGUUUGGACGGGAGGGGUAUGAGUCGGAUGCAGGAGGUGAUUUCCCCGAUUCGCCUAUACUAGGCUAUUCCGGAUCUUGGGAUGUUGUGUUGCAGCGGAAUCAAAGUAGGAUGCCGAAGUCUAAGAUUCCUGUUCCGGUGAGUCGGGAUAAGCUGCUACAGCGUGUUUGGAUGGCGCAUGAGUUGGAGUUGUUUGAUCAACUCACUUUCUGA